AUGGACAGCUUAGGGGAGGAGCAGCAGGACUAUGAUGCUGGCGUUAUUCCCGAAGAGACCCGAAAUGACUUGCAGGCGGAGGCGAAGCCCCGCAAUGCGCCCUCCGAGCGGAAGUCCUUGGCGCAACGGCGGCACCUCUUCCAAUCGCAGCACAACCAGGCUGGAAAAAGUGUUUUGUCACUCUUCAACUUCCAGCACCUCUUGCAGUGGAGAGCCACCAAAGGUCAAGUCCCUCGCUAUUCCGUGGGUGAUCUUGAAAGCAAGAUCUACGACAAUGUGCACCACAAAGAGGAGGGCGAGCUCUUGCUUCCACUCAAAAUCCUCUCCCGGGACUCCAGCAGUGAGCACCAGCAUGCGGGCGUCGACAGCUUGCCGGGUGACGGCUCCAGCCCUGCGGGCGCAGCCGGUGAGCCCUGCUUGCGCUUCACCGAUUGGAAGGCCAAGCGGGCGGCACAGGCCUGCUUGUUUGUGGCAUUGAUCUCUUCCAUCAUCUCUCCAGUGACCUUCAUCUGGGGUGGAAGCUGGGCCAAUCCAGAUUGGGUGCCUGGCGGAAGGACACUGAUGGUGGUCGAUUUGCUUUGCGAUUUGGGCUACUUGUCAUAUCAGCUGCUGCAGCUGAAGAUGUCCUUCCUGCAUCCAUCGCGGAAGGUGGAAGUGACAGAUCCCUACAAGAUCCUGCAAUACAGGAUGCGAAGCAUCUGGUAUUUGGUCAAGGUCUUCAGCGCCACGAGCUAUUUUUGGAUCAUCGCCUUCAAUGCGAGCUUGCUGCUUAACCUCUCGAAGAUCGUGCGACUCUACCAUUUCGUUCGCUUGCCGGAUCCCAUGUGGCUGGUUUGGGACAAUGGCCUCAUCCGGGAGAUGAGGCCCAUCCUGUUGCUGAUUUGGUUGGCGCAUUGGGUUGGCUGCCUACUAGCCUGGGGCGGAGGCUAUCGAGAGGACCGGUCUGGGUGA